GACAGGCAACGCUGUCUAUCCUACGCGUACCGACGAAAAAAGUAGGCUUAACAAGCCUUCAGGAUCUUCACGGUCAAGUAGGCCAUAGUUAAUGUGCGGCCGCGAGCUCGUGGGGAGGAACGACGGAACGUUGGAUAAAAAUGGUAGGACAGGUUGUUAUAAUCAAGUGAUGUGGUGAGAUGUAAGCUAUAUGAGGCUGGGGGGUUGGCCUGUGGGCAAAUGUUUCAUUCAACGACACCUUUUGUCAAGCUGUAUGUACAUACUGAUCGUAUUGUGUUUGAGAAUAUUGCACAUUUGUAGUCCAAGAAUCAUCGCUCUUAACCACGACGACUGCACCGCUGCCUUCGCCAACUCCUACCUCUUCAUCCUCCAAGACGCACAGAGGUCAAAGCCUCUCCUCAGUGAACCACAUCGAACACUCAACCCCAUCGGUGCUGUAAAUUUUCCCAUGGCUCUUGGAUUCUUCGAAAAGCCUCGCGUCUCGGUCAGAAGCACGAGCACACAGAUAUCCUCCAUCCAACGAAUGGAUCACGAUCCUCUACAAUGGGCGCGAGAGUACAAGAAGGCAGUUGCAGCGAAGACUUUCAUGAGUGUCGCAUCCGAGGUCACUGUCAGUGCACAAACAAAGACGAGCAGCAAGGACAAACCGGUCAGUUGCGUGCCUAUGCGCCGUCAUUAUCUGUGCACUCACUACCGUGUUUCACGAUCUCUGCUCCGACUUACCGCGAUGCUCUUGAUGGCCAACUCAUCAGCUCCCUCCGCUGCCCUGGGAGACGGUCACGCAAGACGCGUCGAAUACGGAGGGCGACCAAAGAGAGUGUGAGCAUGAAGGCAGUGAGGACUGGAUGGUAAGUGAACUCGAUGACUGUAUCCUCUGGUAUUCUUCAUUCGCGGUCGGCAGACUGGCGGUCCACUCCUGCGCGCGUUCCAGUCAUCGAGGCAAGGAACGCCGACGGCGUCCGCGGCAGGGUCGAGAGUGUCGCUCGUGCCUAUACAGCACCAGCACAUCCUGGAGAAUGAGUGGAGCAGUCUCUUGGAUUUGCGAAUGUUUGAUGGGCGGCGGAGGAC